AUGACCGGCUCACAUACGGAUAGAAUCGUGUGUUUCGAUAGCGUCGAAAGAUCGCCCGCGGAAGGCCAUGUGUACCAUGCUAGUGUGAGUGGGGACCUCGUUGUCAAAUCUGCAAGCCACAGGGUGCUUCUCAAGACGAGUUCCUGUUUCGAGACUCUUAUGGAUGCUUCCCACUCGUCUCUGAUUGGGCAUACAACCUUGACUCAGCCCUCAUGUUGUUUCUUGGGUCCCAUCCCGAUAAAGGCAUGUUUCAGGGACACAGAUGCACAGGCACUCAGACACAUGGUCAGAGAGCCCUUAGCGUUGUCGAUGCCACGAGGUGGAACGGUUGAUCAACUCGCCCACUUUGGCAAAUUCAAAUCCAAGCUGAGAACAAUAUGGGGCAGAGUCCACUCAGAUGGUCUCCACAGCUCUCUGGGUGAUCCUCCGCGGCAGCUAGCCCAUUUCAAGGUUGCUUCUCGCGAUGCUACCCCGACCUUAUGCACUGAUCCUGAAUCGUCGACAUAA